AUGAUGCGAGUGCAAUCGUCCAAAAUACCAUCAAUACAUACAGUAACACCAAGUAUAUGCUUCAUUAAUUCUUCAUUGGAAAAUAAACUUCUCGAUGGAAAACAAGACAAAGGUUCUUCAUAUUUUUGUACAAGAGCGAAACAAAUCAUGAAAGAAAAAAUUCAAUUUGAUCCUAUUCAACUUACGGGAACAUUUUUUAAUCCUAAAACACGAAGGAUGAAACAUUUAUCUACUAGACAAAGAGAUGAAUGUAUUGUGUAUGUGAAGCAGGAAAUGUUGCUAUUUGAUAUUGAUGAUUGUGUAACACCACGUACUCCCCAAAAAACAUCUUGA